AUGUCCUUCUCCGUGAUCCCCUCGAUAAUCGGUACUGCCCUGGUAUAUACGCUCCCACAUACCAAUCGAUGGGGUAGAGUUGUGUCCAUUUGGAUAGUAUAUACGAACUCAGCAAGCUUGGCGGUCUCAUUUUCGGUUAUUGGUGGUAAUGUCGCCGGGUUCUCUAAGCGAACCACAGUGACCUUUGUACUCUUCCUCGGAUAUUGUAUUGGAAAUCUGAUUGCGCCUCAAUUCUUUUUGAGCCGAGAGGAGAAAUCAGGCUAUCCAACUGCUAUUAUCGCGAUGAUAGUAUCGUUUGCGGCUCUUUUCCUCAUUCCUCUUGCACUCAGGUACCUCUACAGUAUAGAAAACAAGCGAAGAGACCUACGUGCAGCGGAAUCCGAAGGCGAAUGGCCUGAAGUUGAUGAUUUCGAUCUGACAGACAUUGAGGACCGAGGCUUUAGAUACGCUCUUUGA